AUGCGCACUACCGGUCGACACGGCCGUGUCUUGUACAGUGAACUAAUUGAUGCGAGUGCCCAAUUGGUACUAUCGGUGCAUAAGGCAGUAUUUCCCGAUGGCAAUUCCACUGAUCCGACUACUACGGAAGGCACUAGAAUACCGCAUUCGUCCUACAGCUUGAAUAUCAUCCCGCAUUUGAAUGUACCUCACAGUUCAAGAAACGGCAAAGAUUUCGAGCCCUUCAAACUGAAUCUCUGGAUCUGGAAAUCUUAG